AUGCAAAUUUCAUGCAAUUCAAACCAUGUAACUACUAAUAAUCGAACCAUCAUUCAAAAUGCACUUGAGGUUUUAUCUUCUGAUAGUAGCAUGCAAACUAAGUCAUAUUACGAGAAUGCAUCUCAAAUGACAAUUGCACCAUUCCUCUUUUUGCCUGACUAUUUAAUUAAUUCUCAAGAAGAUAUUUAUCAGGAUCAUUUUAAUUAUGCAAAUACAUUUUCUUUCGAGUCAGUUAAUGGCUUUCCGAUUGACGAACCACCAUCAAAUAUAACGAGAAAAAAGCUCGAUUUAAAUGGACAGAGAAAGACAUCAGACAUCAACUUAUUACUUUUAUUUUUGAAAGCACAUAAGAAAGAGUUAAAACAACUAGUAGAAAAGCGUGGUGGUAGCGGUAACAUUAAAAAAGAGCUUUGGAAGUGUGCCUCAAUUAUAGUUUCCGACAAUGAAAACAUAUUUCUUCCCGAGCAGUGUGAAUUCAAGAAGAAGAAUAUUAAGCAAGCUUGCAAGUAG